AUGAUGGAUGUGGAAGCUGAAGGUGGAUAUCAGCUGAAACCAGACGCCCCGCCGGAAUGCCGUCGAGCUGGAGUGGGGCUGACUUUCUCGAUGCAUUAUGGCGACAAGUAUGCCGCCGUCCGUAAGAUCUUCGGGGCGCCUUCUGACUUCGCCGGGCAAGAGGACGUGGAAGUUGAGGUGGGAGACUUGCUGGUCGGCAUCGAUGGGGAGGACUUGUCCGGCCUUCCCACGUCAUUGCUGCGCAGGAUGCUGCUAGGAGGAGAAGGAAGCAGGGUCACUCUGAGCUUCCGCAAAGGACGGCAACGGGAGGGAGGAGGAGAAGAAAUGACAGAAGGAGGAGGAGGAGGAGGAGGAGGAGGAGGAGGAGGAGUCGUGUUCCACGUUCAGACUCGUAGAAAGUUCUUUGGUCAAUCAGACGACGUGGUUCCCUCCGGGACCUUGACGGGCUGGAAACCUUCGGACGGACUUUCGCUGUUGGAGAGGCACGAGACUCUGAAGAGGGAGAUGCUGCUGCUGAGGGAGGAGAACCAAAGUAUCGCUCUCACCUUAGCGAUGGUCCGGGAGGAGGUGAAGGAUCAGAAGAUGGAGGCGGAAUGGCUGAGGGCGGAGCUCGCACGCGCUGCGAAGGCAGCGAUGGAAGCGGAGCACAGCAAGGUCGAGGACGAAGUGAAGGAGGAGGAUGCUCUGAAGCAGAAGACGCAGCUGGAGAGGAGCCUGGCUCAGUUGCAGGGCGAGAGGGAGGAGCUGCUGUCUCAAGUGCAGAGCCUGUCGGCCUCGCUGCAGACAGAGAAGCUGCUGAGGGAUCAGAUGAAAGUCGCUGUCGAUGAUUACAGGAUGCGGCUCCUUGAGAGCGAAAACACAUGUCAGGAGCUGGAGGAUCAGCUUUGGAUCUUAGAAACUCAAGCUGCUUACGAUGCACUUGAGAUUGCGAAGAUAAAGAGUGAAAACAGUGUCCUCGGCACUCUCAGCAAGGAACCAGGUGUCUACCUCGUCCUCCACGUCUUCCACGUCCUCUACAUCCCCCACGUUCUCCUCGUCCUCGUCCUCCUCGACCUCCUCCCGUUUCCAUGGCUGAUGCUCGAACUUCUGCUGGGAAUCGUUCAGGAUCUCUUGCACAUCGCGAGGUUUGACUGGAUGAGAGGAAGUGAGGAGGAGAAAGUAGAGAGGAGCAGGAAGGUAUCAGCUGAGCUUGGAUGGUAUGGAAUGGGCAAGGAGGAGGAGGAGCAGGAGGCUGAGGAGGAGGGGGAGUAG